AUGAACUUCUCCAAGCUGCUGUGCUUGGUGCUCGUGUGCAGCGAGCCAUUUGGGCAAGUGCUGGCGGAGACACCAGGAUGCAAGGUCAAAACUUCCGGCACAGCUGUGCAGUGCAGGGGCAAGAAGGGCGGAGUGGUCAAAUUGGAAGUCACAGGCACAGUUCCUAGCGGUGAGCCGGAUGUCACGUGGCAUAAGGAUGAUGGACCUUCCCUUACCAGUGACGGCAUCAAGUACAAGAUUACUGGUAUCAAGAAUAUCAAUCUGGAGAUCCUGAACCUGGCAGAAGACGACAAGGGAGAGUACAAAUCCAAAGGCAUCACACCAGUCGAAGAGUUCAAGGUCCAAGUGGUGGACUGCUUGGGUGGCAAAACCUCCGAACCAGCCGGCCUGUGCCAGGGCAAGCCGGGUGGCAGCAUCAAAUUGGGGCUGUCAGACGACGGAAGUGGCACCUCACUCUCCUGGAAGAAGGGCACGGACACGAUUGCGAUCAGUGGUGACAAGUACGGUCCAGUCAACGAGGCUACCCUGAUGAUCAAGAACCUGGACGACGCCGACGAGAAAGAGUUCACGGGCGGCCCUACCGGCUCAGAAGAAAAGUUUUCUGUCCAAGUGGCCGACUGCUUUGGCGCCGCGGGAACCGUGCAGUGCCAGGGCAAGCUGAACGAAGCCCUCAAAUUGAGAAUCUCAGACGCAGUUAGUGGUUCUAAAGUCGUCUGGACGAAAGAGGAAGGCGUGGUCCCCGCCAGCAGCCAGAAACUAGGAACCAAGGAUGAAGGUCUGAAAUUCCCGUCCCUGGCACCAGCCGACGCGGGAACCUACAAGGCCACCUACGGCGGCAACACUGUGUCCUUCGCUGUCCGCAUUCCGGGUGAGUUUGAUGUUGCAGGACAAUCCACUCACUGGUACGAGAGCCGAAAAGCUUUGAUUGAGCCGGAAACAUUUUGCAUUUCAUUGGCAGUGGAAACCAACCAAUAAGCUAGCCCAUUCAGCAGCACUUUUUGUUUUACAAACCGCACUCGCAGUACUGCGCGCAAAAGUGUGCGGCAAGUUCAAACGUUGCCAGCUGACCUUUUCCAAUUGCCAUUCUCCCAUUCAGAUACGAAAGGAACCAGUGAGAGCGACACCAAAAAGAAGGAG